UGAAAAUUAAGAAGGAAACGAAUCUGUAUAUGAAACUUUACAGUUGUAUUCAUACUUUGUAUAUAGAUACAUAUAAUGUAUAUACUGUUAUGGAAAGAAAUCAGCUGAGAAAGGUAUACUGUUGACCAAAAAAAGAUAAUGAAUUUCAACUUAAGAAUAUACCGAGUAAUCAGAUUUUUGCAUUCCAAUGUUGGGUAUAUAUGCAUGCUAUUCUCAACAACUUAAGAAUACACUGAGUUCAUAUUUACAUAACGUGAGUACGCAUGUCUGUAUAUGUCUAUGCUUGCUGUUUUGUUUGUUUCACUUUUAACGUUGCUUGUGAUUUCUCAUCACUCUAGAAUUUGUUUGUUUUCUAGUUAUAUUUUGUAUUCAUGUGUAGCUUGUAAAUAUGUAAUAUGUUUAGAAUGUUUCUUCUUCACAGAUUUGAAGCGACUAUAUUUUGUUGAAGGACAAUAUAGGUGUAAAUCGUUCGUAUAUAAGGAGUAAAGUUCAACUUUCAGCCACUCAAUAAAAUUGUCUUUUAAGAUUAGUUAUCUAACAACGAAAUGAAUUGGUUGGUUGAACAAAAUUGAAUUUUAUAUGUUUCUAUGACAAUUUAAUUAGGAGGGAAUGAGAUCCAUGCAUUUGCAACAAUUAAUUAGAGAUGCCAUAAGUUUUAGCCAUUAUAAUAGCUUAAUUAAGAGUUAUAGCAUGCCAAAGAAAUCCGACAUCCAUGAGAGACUAAAUGGCAAUUACACUUACAACAUCCUGAUUGACGAUGUUUUAUGGAGAUGCAGGUCCCCUUAAUACUAUAAUCACGACAAAAAGCAAUGUCUCUCGUGGAUCAAAUGCUUGGCGAAGGUGCAGUAGCGGAUUUAUCUGUGUGGAAAAACAAGAUAACAUCAGGAAUCACACUUGUAAUGGCCACACUUAUCUGGUUCCAGUUUGAGAUCAUGGAGACUGAACCUGUACCCUUUCUAUGUUCGAUCUUGUUACUCCUGACGCUGCUUCUCUUCAUCUGGGUCAAGUAUGGACAUCACCUUUUCACUUGGAUACCUCCCACUCCCGAAGAGCUCCAACAAGAAGAUUCCCCAGUUAGAGCCUUACUUUCAGAGAUCGAAGGUCUUCUCUUGAUGCUGUACGAGAUUGCAUAUGGGGAAGACAUCAAAACCUUUAUAUGGGCCAUCCUUUAUGUGGCCAUCAUAUACACCAUUGGGAGCUACAUCAACCUCCUCACAAUUUUUUAUAUAUGCUUGGUCUGCUUGCUAACGAUUCCAGUUAUGUACCUGCAAUAUCAAGAGGUCGUUGACGAUUUCAUUGGAGAGGUAUCAGAAAUGAAGAACAAGACACUUCAAUUAUUAAACUGUAGGGCCACCAAGAAGAAGAAGAAGUUGUACUAGGUCAUGUGAUUUUGCGGUAUACUAAAGCAAACCGUAUAUGCUUUAUUAUCAUUGUUGAGCUAAUUUGAUUUAGUAGGGAUAAUUGGACACUGUAUCAUUUUAGUAUUUAAAAAUCCGUAGAUGAUUAUAAAAGGCUUAAAUCUGAAACUUGCAAUGCUAAUAUUAAGGAAACAAUCUAGAUAAUGAACCAG